GACUUCGCCGCGCAUGCGCAGAGCCAGUUCCCCGAGCCGUGUCAAUGUCGGGCGAGGAACAGCCCAUCUGAGCGCUUGCAGAAGAUUUUACAAUCCGGAUCAAGUCUUCAGACAUCGGAGCGCGUGUUUUCUCGUGUGUGCACAGACGGAGCAUCAUGACGAGCAGCUCGAAGCGGAAAGAGGAGGUUCAUGCGGUGAACGGAGGACUAAAGCAGUCCACAUGGAACAAAGCCAUCAGCUGUAAAGCAGUGUGGGACGAGAAGGACGAGUUUUUAGAUGUCGUCUACUGGAUCCGGCAAAUCAUCGCUGUGGUGUUGGGCGUAAUAUGGGGUGUCGCACCUCUGAAAGGGUUUCUGGGAAUAGCCAUAUUCUGUGUCAUCAACGCUGGCGUCCUGUACCUGUACUUCAGUAGUUUCCAGCAGGUGGAUGAGGAGGAGUACGGAGGAACAUGGGAGCUCACCAAAGAAGGCUUCAUGACUUCGUUUGCUUUGUUUCUGGUGGUUUGGAUCAUCUUCUACACGGCGCUACACUACGACUGAGGGCCGCAGGACAGACAGAGACAGACAUUUAUUUAAUGUGAUCUGGAAGGGCCGGCUGGAGAGGCGUCUGUAUGUGUUACCAGCAGCAUGUGUGCGCCUUGAGGAAGAGGUGCAUCGUGGGUAAAAUGGGUACCGGUUAAUAACCUACUCGAACCCAGGACUCGUUGAAUUUUGAAGCUGAUGUUGUCCAGUGCACUGCCAUGGCUAAUGGGUUAAUAACUGUUGAUUCUGUUUGUCCUCUCUGCAUUUUCUUGUUUGAUUGCCGGAGGAUUUAACUUAAUUUCUUAGUUUCUUUCACGAUUAGGUUCCAACACAGAUUGUCUUACUCCGUUAUGACCAGUCAAAAUCAAAUAGGAGUGUGUAAAUUCUGUACAAUUCAUUUUAUUGAAUCCGUAAUGUAUUAAAGUAUUUCUUAUGUCUGGUUGAUGCAACAUACUGCUCAGUAUUUUAUAGUGUAUUCAUGGAAAUGUUCUGAAUGCUUGUCAUGAGUAAUGAGAUGUACCUGAGGCUGUAGAGAGACUAUUUUCUGGCUGAAAUGUUUUGGAGAAUAAAAUAAAGCUGGGCUUUGUCUGCCCCACACUUUUCAACAGGCGCCCCGCUCCAGUUCUGAUGGACGCUGUGAAGUUGUUUGCUUGACUGUAUUGCGAGAAGUGCUGGAUUUCGGUUGACCUAUAUGAUAUAUAACCCUUAAAGGUGCGGCGACAGCUGAAAUUUCACAGGCAGAAAAGGUCAGUUGUCAGAAUGAAGUGCCACUUUCAAACCAAGCAG